UAGGUAACGGUAACCUGGUAACCUGGUAUCUGCGAUGCUGCUGUACCGUGCAGCUGCGGCUCUCUGCCUCCUGGCCUCAUCUACGGCUGUAAUGCUGGCCCCACCGCAGGCAUAUGCCUUGGCCCAACCCCUAUCUGAUGUGGCCCCACCGCCUACAUCUGAUGUGGCCCCACCGACAACAUCUACCGUGGCCCCACCGACAACUUCUACCUUGGCCCCACCGACAACAUCUACUUUGACCCCACCGACAACUUCUACCUUGGCCCCAUCGACAACGUCUACCUUGGCCCCACUGACAACGUCUACCUUGGCCCCAUCGCCUACGUCUACCUUGGCCCCACUGACAACGUCUACCUUGGCCCCACCGACAACAUCUACUUUGGCCCCACCGACAAAUUCUACUUUGGCCCCAUCGCCUACGUCUACCUUGGCCCCACCGACAACAUCUACCGUGGCCCCACCGCCUACAUCUACUUUGACCCCAUCUACCACAUCUACCUUGGCCCCACCGCCUACAUCUACCUUGGCCCCAUCUACCAACGUCUACGCCUCCGUCUUGGUAGACUCAACGCUGGGCGGGACGGUAGAUGUCGUCCUGCGGAACCUCAGCCCGUGUGGGUGCGGGGCGGCGUGUCGGGCGCUGGUGGGGUGCACAGCGGCCGCCCACGACGCCCUCACCCGUGACUGUCUCCUCACCCGCGCCCCCCGCCCCUCAGUCACGGGGGGCACCCCUGGGGGGGUCGUGUUCCUCAAAACCGACCCGGAAAGUGAUCCCAGUGGCCCCACGGUCCCGGGCCCCAAGCCAUUUCUUUCCUCCGAAAAAACCGACGAUGGCGACCCUCAGGAACUAAGGGACGCGUGUGCUGACGAGGGAGGCUCUCCCCUCGUCAUCACCUCGUUCCAGACUCUCGCCAGCGCCGUCGCCCUCGUCCAGACUCUGACAGCAAACCUCGUCACUUUAGAGAAGGUAGCAUGGCUGGGUGCACGUGACCUUGACGGUGAUUCUUUUCUGCAAUGGCCCGACAAAUCCAAUGUGACGGAUGCUGUCUUUGGUCCGGCUGACAUCCUGCAACCUAAAAACGGACCUGCCGCUGCCUGCGUGCUGAACCAGUUCGGCAAAAUAAAAUGCACAAGCAAAGAAUCUUGGCCGACAGAAUUACGUGUUUUGUGCAUGCAAAACUUGAAAAAUAACUAAAAAAAGAAGGAUUUGGAGCAGAGUUUUUCAAAUAAAUAUUAGAAUGUUCUAAUACCUAUAUAUCUUAGAAACUAAUAUUUUAUUAUUUUGCAUCUUUCUGUUCAUGACAAAAAUAUGUCGUGUCCAUCUCCUGCUCCAUUCUCCACGACACCAUCCUCGAUUACCUUCAUUAGUUGUUUGUCUUCAAUUGAACGGUUUGACUUUGAACUAUUUAUACAAUAAUU